AUGGACUUCUCCAACCUGCCUGCCUUCCCCAUGGCUGCGAACAACCCAAUGUACUCUCCCAACAGCGACGCCUUUCCAUCACCGGACGAAAUCGACGCAUACCUCACCGACGCGUAUCCCGUACCGUCCGACUAUGCUUUCAAUAGCUACGGCAGCAGGCAUAACUCAUGUUUCAGUCGUCCCACCAAACCAGCGGACACUGAUAUGAAUUGGAGCGCACCAGUACCCAACAGCUACAUCAACACACCGUCGCUUCAUACCUACACGGCAUCCGAUAUCCCUAGCGGCUUUGCCUCGAACCCCUCCCCCUUGCCAACCCCCUCUAGCAACGGCAGCCCAACAUCCUCGUCACCAAUCGCGACGCACCACCCCUCCCCUGAAGACACCAGUCUCAAGCCGCCUCCCCCACGCAAGCGAGGCCGUCCCCGUCUGCACCGCCCCGUCUCGGAUCCCUCAGCGACCACCAUCACUGCCAACAGAGUCACCCGAACACAGUGCAUGCCCCACACUGAAGUCGAGCGCAAGUAUCGUGAGAAGCUCAAUGCGGAGCUAGAGCGACUACGCAGGGCGGUACCCAUGUUGCCGCAAUGCGAUGGUACGGAUGUGGGCGCGGUGAAACCUAGCAAGAGUAUGGUGCUUGCAGUUGCUAUUGACUAUAUCAAAGAGUUGGAGAGACAGCGAGAUGCGGCCGUCGAAGAGGUGGAGAGGCUGGGGGGCAAAAUGAGGUUCGCAAGGACUCAGGAGACUGUGAUCUCUUUACUUGGCAUGCUUGCGGGCAGCCUUGUGGUAUCGCAUAUAACCUCACCUUUCGCGACGUGGAGCACACUCGUCUUUCUUCUUGCUAUACACCUAGCCACCAACUAUGCCGCGGUAAAAGCAGUCAGCAUGAACUCGCUCAACAGACAACGGGCCAACAUUCUCUUCAGCAACAUGCUUCAACAUGGCGUCAUCCUAAGCCCAAGCGAAGUUUCCAAACGCGAAAGGAUCUUCCAUAGAGGUGACGUACUGCGCUGGUCUGACGAUGGAUUACUCGGACAAUGUAAGAUUGGCGUAUCUCUCCAGGAUUUGCUAGGCCGAAUUGGUGAAGAAAAUACACAGACUGGCUCACUCACGCUUCGCGCUAUUCAAAUCUCCGAACUGCUAGCCGUCUUCACCGGCGAGGCAUACAUAACAUGUCCCGCCGCAUCCGCUGCCGACAUCUCAAUCGUACUGAAAGCAGGAUGUGGACCGAAUGAUCAGCUCAAAGCAUGGGCGCACGCACUGUUGCUUGCGAAGAGAGCCCGAGAUGGCAAAGGACACUCGGGUAACAAGCCCGAUACAGCAUCAGCACCGCCCAAGGAUCGCCUGAUUGCUGAGCUGAGGCAGACGUUGGAGGACGUCCGGGCCAUGUUUGACAAGUAUGGGGAUGAGAUGAGGGGGAAGGGAUGGGAUCUAGAUGCUGCUGCGAUGGAGACGAGGGCCGGGACACGGUUGCAGAUUGCCAUUCAACAAGUCGGAUGA